CAGAGAAAGGUUUGACAGGAGAAAGUAACAAUAUUAGCAGCUGUGAAGAAUGGGUUUUGAGAAUGAGAAUGAAAGUGAGGAAAAGAAGAACAUAGGACGGUUAGCGUUGUUCUCCAUCCCAAGAAUGGCGUCCCCAGAGAGAUCAGGAAUGGCUACUCCGCCACUUCAGACCUCUGCAGCUGUUCCUUUCCGGUGGGAAGAACAACCAGGAAAACCACGACCAUGCAGUGCCCUCAUCCCUUUCUCCGACCCCGCCGACAUCGUACCCAAGUGCUUGGAACUCCCUCCGAGGUUGCUCGUACCCUCUCCUUAUGUCUCCACCAUCAACACCUUUCGCUCUCCCUCCUUCACAAUCACUGCCUCCAACUGCUAUGGUUCUGAUACCAAGGUGCUUGGGGCCAUGGUUCUCUCCAAAGCCGGGGACUUCAAGGACUCUAUCUGGUUUGGUUCUUGGAAAAAAAAGCCCUUCAAACUCAAAAGAAGAGAGGUCACUGGGGCCAGUCACGUCUUUCCUUCCUUUUCUUCUUCUUCCACUGAUUAUAAGGACACUGACACCAUCCAAAGCAUCAAACGUUCUGGCGUCUGGACGAGUAUUUGUGAAGGGUUGAAGCUGGUGGUUCCACGGAGGAGUAAGAAAGUGAAGAAAGAUGGGUGUGGCGGUGUCCUUAAACCAUAGGGUCACAUUUCAAUUUCUUUGGAAUGCAUUGUGUGGUGAAAGAUGAGUUCUUUAGGAGCUAUCCAAUGUAUCUGAUUAUAUUUUACUUUAUGAGAUGACUGUGACAGAUAGAAGCGUUGCAGACAGAAAGGCUGUUUCUUCUGCUGCUACGAUGCUUGUAACCUGGAAAGAUGUACAUGAUGUUUAUUUACUUGGUUUAGUUGGUAAGAA